CCUGAUCUGAAUAAUCAACUAAUCAGAAACCAGGCAGCACACACAGCAGAAGCUGCUGAUUCUUCACAUAAGAAAAGCUCAGUCAUUCAACUAAAUGGACAUCAAACAGCAAAAUAGAGCACCUCUGGAGCCCAUCCGGGAAGAGUUAGAGCAAGAAGAUGAAACCGAAGAACGACAAGCAGGAGAAGAGACAGAGGAGGAUUUUCAAUUUCAAGAAGACACAGAGAAGGAACUGGCAGAAGAUAAGAGCGAAGAAGAAGAAGAUGAUGAUACUCUGUUGAGAAUUAUGAGACCUAGGCGGCUGUAUAGUUCCAUCAGCCAAGAGAAUAUCACUCAAACACAAUCUCCUAACAAUCAGCAGACAGAAAUGGAGAACUUUUUUGUGUCAGAUCAGAGCACACACACUGCAGAUUGGGGUGAUGAAGCUACACCAGCUGAACAGUCAGGGUUAGGAAAUGAGAAGAGGUCUAGUAGUGGGAAGCUGACAAUAAAGGUCACCAGGACUAGAUGGCAAGAACACACAUCACCUACACCACCGAAGCAGAAGAAAAGGCAAAGCUCCAAGACGUUGGUUGAGGGGCAGUUUCCGAAGUGGCUGGUGGACCUGAUGGUCAAUAUCGAAGAGGCAACAACCCAUGAACUCGUUAUUGAGUAACACUCAUCAUCACAUGUUGAUCAGGCCAAAUGAUGUAAUUGGUGAAUACUGAAUAUAGAACAAACUCGGCACGGCUAACAUGAACUAUUUCAGGUUGGCACUGCCAGAGAGUAAAGUCCGUGUGCAUGUUCUUGUUUUUUCUGCAGUUACAAGUAAAUAAGCAAAAUGUACCAGAAAAGUAAAAUAAGCCAUAAUACUGGUUGUGUUUGGGAAAAAAAUAAUUGCCCAGGCAAAACAUUUGUUCAAUAAUUCUGAGUAUAAUAUUUUUAGUUUAUAAUUUUUGUGCAAUAUUGGCAUUUAUCCCUGCUUCAGCCAGUAGUCCUGGAGCUGCUGCUGUUACGUGAUCCCUUUUACCUCUUUCUAAGUUGGUGUUCUUGAUCUGAAUGUUAGUGUAGAAUGCUGUUGGAGAGGCCGAAGCUCUCUCUAUAAGUGCAAUGUUUUACUGAAACAAUAGCGAUCACAUCUCCCCUGUUGCUUCAAAUUAGUUGGAGAGUUCAUCUUUGCAAGGAGCAGCACAUCCUUUACAAUUCAUAUGCCUGACUUGAUUGUGAUUUUAUUUUAAUGGCAUUUAUUUUGAAAGUAUGAAAGUACUUAUUAUUUAGGAAAAUGUGCCCUGUGAUUAUGUUGUUGUAUAGUAGGACUAUGGUAAAAAUUACUUAUUUACAGACAAUGUAUGUAGUGUUUCAAUGCCAUAAUUGGUCACAAUAGAACUGUAACUAAAACAUUAAAACUACUAACAGGAAAAGUGACUAACAGUGAUUGUCUCAUUACCCUGGCACCUGUGGAGAUGUGGAAUGUACAAGGUACUGCAAGUGAACAGUUGGAAAUUGAUGUUGGAAGGAGGAAAAACAGUGUGAGAGUGAGGAUCUAAGUGACUUUGACAAGGACUGAACUGUAAUAGCUAGAUGUCUUCGUCAGAGAAUCUCCAGAACAGCAGGACUUGUGGAGUGUUGGUAGAACCUACCACAAGAGGUCCAAAGGGGGUCAACCUCUGAACCAGCGACAGGGUCAUGGGUGCUUAAGCUCUCUGCUGCAUGUUGGGAGGGAAGACUGGCCCCUGUGACCUAAUUUGACAUGUUUGUUAUGAUAAAAGGGUGCAUUGCUCAUCGCUGCAUUUGAGUCUGCAUGACCGGUCAGAGUGUCCAUGCUGAACCCUGCUCACCACUGAAAACACCUACAGUGAGCACAUGAGUGUCACAAUAUGACCAUGGACCAAUGGAAGACAGUAGCCAGGUCUGAUAAUUAUGUGGAUGACUAGGCGCAUUUGUUUUAUUCAUCUGGGGAAGAGAUGGCAGCAGGAUACAAUAUGGGAAGAUGGUAGUUUUCCUGUGGUAGUGUGAUGAUCUGGCCUUCAUGUGGAUGUUACUUUGAUCCGUACCACCUACCUAAAUAUUGUUACAGACCAC